AUUUUGGUUAAGUUGACAUGGUUGUUUGAUAAAUUUACGAGCUUCGACAAUUUGAACAAGGGCUACUCGUGAGCGUGACUUGAGGUGCGAAACAACUGCUAAUGGAUUACGCGAAGACUGUUUCCAAAUCAACUGAGAGCUUUAAAGACAUUUUGGCGAGGGAUUAGUGCGUUGAAUUAUUCAGUGGAUUUACAAAAUUGGAUGUAAUUCGGAAGUGGAAUAACAAAAUGGCGACACGGCUUGAGCCGCCCGCACGGGAUGACAACGGACUUUGGAGCUUAGCCGCCGCCUGCGGUGUGUUCCGCGACUCCCGCCGAAACGAGCAACAUUCCCCGAUGUUGCCGCCCAUUGACGCGCAGUUUCACGGCGAAGCAAGCGACCACGAAAGUUUAGUGAACAGCAGCUCGCCCCAUUCAGGUUCGAAUCUCUCAUCCGGCACUCGACUGUCUGAAUCCCCUGAAUUUGCCACGAACGUCGAUCGAUGCGGAAACGUUCGGUUUUACAGCGACAUCUCUAAGUGUUGCGACAUUGACCGCCAGAAUCUCGUCAAACCCACAAUACCAAGUGAUUGGGCAACUCCUGCAUCAAGCUGCUCAUCCGCAAGCCAAAGUUACGAUUCGUUCACGUACUGUUCCCCCACACUGCCUACCCACCGCGGGACUUCCAUUGCUCCAAAAUCCGCAUCUGUCGUGGCAGACUUGACGACAAGCAAACCUACCAAUUUCCUGCAAAGCUCCCGGGCCAGUCUGUUUCCGCUUUUAAGUGCACUGAAUCCCAAAUCGGAAAACUGUGAAUCAACCACCAACCCCGGGCGACCUCAUGAACACGCUUUAAAAGAAGGUAAUUCUAAGCAUUCGGUUUUCGGCCGCAAAGUCCAAAGUGGUCAAAACAAGUUGUCGAAACCGACAAGCAAAGAAGGUCUUACUGGCACGCGCCCAAGCUCAAAUACGAUCAAGACUGGUACCGCAGAGUUACAAUCAUCAGCUGACAGCGGCACAAGGAAGUCGAACAAAACAAAACGCAACCUCAAGAACAGUGAGAAAAAAUCACUCCCGCCAAACACACAAACCCCUGGUUCAACUAACACGCGUGCACCUGAAGCGCAAACUGCGACAGCAACCAGCUCUACGUUUGAUGCGGCCGAUGCUGCACAGGCGUUGUUGGGCCUCAGUGAAGGUUUCUUGACAAUGAGUAAGUCGACCACAUCUAGCCCUGUGUUUGCAGAAGAGAAUCCAAGAAAAUUCGGGUUUAUAAACCCCACUGCGUGUGCAGAGGGUACUCGAACCACAACCUCUCCGGCCAUUUCUCCGCAAAAUCUUCCGCCGCCUCUUCAACAGUUGACAAAAUGCGUCUCAGAUUUCGGCAAAGAAACUUGUGUUGGCCCGCAUAUGGAAGAAAAUGGCGAAAUGCGAAUUGCAAUUACGGAGGGCGCUUCUCCUAAAGAUCCAAGUAAGUCUGUACCAGAAUCCCCCACCGCUGACCAGUUUCCCCGUUUUCACUUCAAAAAGGUGAUAUGCCGCAAGUUUGCUGAAUCGUUAGAUCGGCCAUGCGAUGAAAGUUUACCGAAAACCUGCACCGGAACGCCCCCAGAUAAAAUUGUAAUAUCCGAUGCUAUUUCACAAAAUGGCCGACUGAUACCAAGCGCUGGUUCUAACGAAACAGCUCUACGUACGAAACAACGAGAACGUAACAGAAACCAAGCAACACAGGACAACAAAAAGCAAAAGAAUAAAGUACAGCAUGCCGAAACAACUCUGAAAACAAGCGAGAAGUCAAAACUGUUGAAUUCGGUGAGCGAACUUGAAAAAUGCGAAUCAACUGAAAUAGUUGGCGGCACAAAAUCAAAAACUUUUGCUGAUGUUAUAAAAACAAAGCCUAAUAAAUCAUCUCAUUCCAGCAAACGGGAUAAUCAUGCGCUUGAUCAUCAUAGUAACUUAUACCGAGUGUCGUGCUCCGUUGGUUCUUCUAAUGAGUCGUUAAAUAAAUCUUGUGAUGAAACCGACGAAGCUGAAGAAAGUGAUUCAACCAGUGUGUAUACGAGCGAGAGCGAAGAUGAGGAAGAGGAGACGCAAUCAGAUCAGGAGGAUAAAAAUAAAACGAACCUCCAACUGUCAAGUGGGAACGGAGAUAUCCAGAAGCGCAAACAUUUUACGUUGAGUGAGGCCAAGUUUUCGUUGCCAACACGAAACACAACCGAAACAAAAGCAGUUUUCGCUGGAGUUUUGCAGCGAAAAUUUGGUAUAAGUAGCGCUAGUCGUGGCAAUUUUUCCCUCCCCGAUUCCGCCCCAUCAUCUGUGUGUACAUCAGCUCCAUUCAACCUCCCACCAGAUAAGUCAAAGUCUGGUUUCGGUUCUGUUCGUAUCAAGAAAGCAACUUUCACGUUUUCCACUCGCACGGAGAACAAUAAUCCGCACAAGUUCCCACAAAUGGGAGGCGAUGGUCAUUCUCGCACUUCCGCACUUGGGAAGUGUCCUCUCACAUUCAGAGGAGCAAGAAGCUCAUCCGAAAACGGCGAAGGCAGAAGCUGGAACGCCAAUGACGACUUGACUACAUUUGGAGCAUUGGCUGACGGAGCUUCAUUUAAAACAUUGUCGUGUGAAAAAAAACACAAGUCCCAGCAUCGUGAAUCGUGGUCGGAGGCAAGCAAUAGUCGUAUUACAUACGAUAAGCGUCGUUUGCCUAGACCGAACGCCAGAUCCCCGGCCCUGGAAGCCCCGCAAGCAACAAAGUCAAAGUCGGGACAGAAGCGGAGAAGCACCGACAAGAAGGCUGAUAAGAAACAUACAUCCAAAGACACGCGGGCCGAAAACAUUUUGGAAUCCGAUAAUUUCGGUUCUUAUGAACAGAAAGGCCAUCACACCUCGGGACAGUUUCGUGAAGAGUUGUCAAGGGUUUCCAAAAAAUCUCGAAAAGACAAACCUGCGACUGCUUGUCGCAUCGCACCGUAUCAACAGGAAAGCAGUAGCGUCACCGAUUCCACAGAUACCAUGACGUCACGAGCCUCUUCCAGACAAUCCUCUUUAGCUGGUGAUGACGAAGUUGUUGCAAAGAAAUCAAAGAAAAGAAACCGUGACGUCGAACGCUCCGAAAAGCGCUCGCGAAAAAAACACAGAAAACGCCACCAUUCAGCGAACCCGCUGUGCAGGCCAGAGGACGAAUCGUCCAGAAUAAACUCAGUGACUCCGAGGCAAACGCCCGGGUUUCAACUACUUUCUUGUUUUCCGGCCCCUGCGUCACUGACAGCUGGUUUAGCAAAGGGCGAGUUAGUGCCAAGCUACGGUGCAACUGCCCAACACCGGUGUCCAAGGUUACCUGCACAGUGGCAGAAGGGUUCAGAUGUGGUCGAACUAAAACAAAAGAAACAGCGGGAACGUUGGAAAAGCAUGACCUUGGAUAUGUUUUGUAUGGGCAGCUUGUAAGAUAAAAUGUUCGUGCUUUUUUAUACCUUCAUUGCAACACCGUCCAAAAAUAUACACAGUACUGAUAAUGUUGUGCUAACUUUACUCCGUCCGUGCUACUUCAGUUGCUUUAAUUACCAAAUACUUUUUAUUAAUUAUUGCAAUAUUGUUUACAAACGUUUUCUGAUCUUUCGAUUGUGCAUAUGGGCACUUUUAGAUGGUAAAAAUCAUAACAGUCAAAAUGAUCCAAACCUGAGACAUGAAAGUCUCUUGCAGCACAUUUAAAUGUUUUAACAAAUUUUACACAAAAUAUUCCUAAAUACACGCAGCUAGUUAUACAGAACGCUACAUAUUUUAUGACUGUGGAGAUAACACAAAUGUUACCCAUUAGGACUUCGCAACUUCGACCGCCUAUUAAGCCCUUGGGCGGUUUGCGUUGCGAAAAACGAGCAUUUGUUCUUUCGCGUGUCGCGCCUUUUGCAUUCAUGAACUGUUUCAUUCGCCUUUUACCGCUAUCAUUUUGUGUCUCCAUGCGAUCUGGCACACGUGGGUCACGUGCAAAGUAUUUAUAUUUUCAUUUUAUUUGACCCUGUGUCCCGAUUUGUGUUAUAGUUGCCAAAAGUUAAGAGAUGGCAUCUGCGAAACCAGAUUUUCACGUGGGUUUUGCCUCUGUGAAUAACUGAUAACAAUUAAAGCACUUUUAAAGUCGCGAGAAUUAUUGAACAUCAACUUUUUCGUGUACAGAAACCGUUUAGUUCUUUAUGCAUUUAAUGCAGUUUCGCCUCUUUCUUCUUUUUUUUGCGAUUAUUGCUUACACAACCAAAAUACAAACAUGAAACCGACCACAGGUUUCCUGG